AUGGUUGCUGUUGUUGUUGUUUAUACAGCAACAACAACUGAAAUUCAAAAUCGAAUCGAUCAAUUACCAAAAAGUACUCAAGAAAAUAUCCUAAAUAUUCUUCAAUCAACACCAGCAUUAAGAAAUGAUCUAAAACAUAAAGGUGAAAAUUGGUGUUGUAAAAUUGAUCCUGGCGUUGAAGCCGCAUCACAAACACGACAAACAACAUAUCAUGUAACUAGACAUGGUCGUCAUAGAUGUGGCUUUGAUGCAUGUGGCUUUCUUGGAUUGGCUAGUUGUACACGUUGGUGUGAUGAAUAUUGGAUAGAAGAACACCAUGGUGUUGAAACAUAUAUAGUUUAUACACAAAGAAUUUGUCCUAAUGAUCAAGUAAUAUGUUGUGCACAACAUAUUUAUGUUCUCGGUCAUUGUUUUUCAUAUAAAGAAAUUUAUAAUAAUCAACAAUUAUUUGCAGAAUUAAAUGAUUUAGGAAUUGUCAUUCCAGGUCCUUCUGUUGGUUAA